UUCCAAUUCAGUAAACCAAGUUGAUGACAAAUUUUAGUGGUUCGUUGUUUGGUUGAUGCAUGUCGGUAGCUGAAACCAGUCAAGUUGAGGCAACACUUGCAGCUCAUAUAAGUCCAAUUACAGAAGAAUUGGUUUAUGGAAGAGCACUCGUAAGGGCAGUCUCUUUGGAGUUACUAUCGUUUGGAUUGUACUGUUUCCUUACUCAACUGUGGUUGCCGUCGGUGUUGGGCUUGCCACUUUCAACCCUUCAAGAUGGAGAGCCUUUUGCCUCGAGUACAGUUUAUACUACGCAAGGACUUGGUUGUCUUGUUUGCCUUGCAGGAUUUUUGGCGUUGUCUUAUUCAGAUUGCUUGGUAUUAUCUCCAGUUACGGCACGUGGAAACUUGCGUUUAAGAUUUUUCCGAGGCAUAAAAUGUUCUGCUUGUUGGAUUCAUGCUAUCGCAUGUUCCUUUGCAGGAUUUCUUCUCGUUCCUGCUUUCAGCACUGUUGUAUUUUCUAAAAAAGGUCAAAUCAUUGUAGGAGACAAUCUUUUGCGUUUAGGGUUUAUAGGAAUACUCUUUGGACUGAUCUACAGCUUCCAAGUUCAAUAUGAAAGAUUUCUUAUAUAUUUUCCUCAUUGUCUAUUGCCUUGGGUGCGUCGUUGUAAAGAACGUUUUUAUCCAGCUCUGUCUACAACUUUCAAGUCCGUUGGUUAUUUUGUCUUUAUCCUUUUAGUGUAUGCUUUCUAUCGACAGUUCAUGUGUAAGAAUUUGGUUUUCAUUUCGGAUGGAACAAGUUUGGUUGCUAUCGUUAUUCUUGUAUCGAUACUAUUUUUCCAUUGUUUCAUAGGAUUAGAAAUGUUCAAAGUAUUUGCAUCCCAAAGAAUCGACUUUGAGCCUCCUCAACAUCUUCGUCAUAUUGUAGGCACCAAUGAAUGGCUAAUCCAAGGAUUAAUUAGCAAAAGGCAACCCAUUGUGAACUGGUUGGCAUUUUUGGAUUUGUAUCAAGUAGCUCUUCGGUUUUCGAAACGUUGUCAUGCCUUGUUUUUGGAUGUUACUGGGGAAACAUGGAAAAUCGUUUGUAUGAGUUGCAUAGAAUGUAUGGAUAGUUUAACGAAAGAAUUGAAUGAUGUUUUGAAAACAGAUAUUCCCGAUAGUGGGAAACAGGUAAAUGAAGCAACUUCGGAUCGUCAGAAAUUGGAAGAACUUCGCAGUUUUGGUAUGGGCUCUGUGGUAAGGAAGCGCGUAAAUGAAGUUAAGAAAGUGCCCAUAUCAACAUACCAAACAAGUCAAGAUAGCAAAGUUGCCAAGAAGGAUACGAAAAAAUCUUCGCUAGAGUUGCCUCUCUUUGGUGCACAACGAAAGAUUAGAUGGGCUAUUCAAGCCAUAGCCUUUAUAACAGCGGAAAGUCGAGAUCACGACAAGUAUGGCCAAGCACAAGUUUCAUUACCAGUUCUUAUUUCUAGUAUGUUGCAAUGUCACAUGGCAUUAUCUUCUUAUUUAAGAGUUAGCCUGGUCCGACGUUGGUCUUCUGAAGAAUACAAAAGUGCUUCCGCUAUAAAGGAUACUCUUGAGUUAUCAUUGUACAAACUGAUUGCUACGUUCCCCGAGUAUUUCCAACAGUUACUGAGAAAUCCAGUCGCUGGUUGGAGUCAAGAAUGUAUUGCCAGUUUAGAAGCAUUUAUGAAAGAUAAUAUCCAUUUCAAAUGAUAUAUGUGAAUAAAACUCAUAGAAGACUAUGAACUAUGCAAUGGUUUUUCUCUUUUU